AGAGGAUUUUGAUGUGUCUUAAUAAAAAUCAUGCAUUUUUAUCACAGUCAGGUAAUAUAUGUUUUCCUAUUUUUCUUUAGUGAACGAAGCUUUCGACAUGGCCCUUUCGGGCUCGAUUGUUAUAGGGGGGCUAGUUCUUGUUGCGGUGUUGCGGUGUCUCCUCAGGAGAUACAGCAACUUCAUCGUCGUCCGUGAACGUCGACAGGCGGGUGCAGCGUCUCUUUCCAACCCCCAACUGAUGCCAGGACGAGCCGCGGAGCAGCGCAGGGAGGCCCUCAAGCAACUGUUCAGGACAGCGGAGCCAGCCGAGGACAUCCCACCAAUUCCCAUGGAGGAACUGGUGAGGAGGAUCAAGAAAGAGCCAGUGACCCCAGCCCGCGCCCAGUCCAUGCCAGUGCUCACCCCGACCAAGAAGUUCGCCACGCAGGGGGAUUUGCUACUGGUGUAG